AUGCUCUUCCUCGCUCUUCUCACUGCCGCUGUUGCUGCGCUGACAACCGCAGCGGCGUCUAUUCGGACAACUCAGAGUCCUCCUUACUCAAACACGACGACUUCUUCCUUACAAGUCGAUCUGGGCUAUAGUAUCUAUCACGGAUACUCCGACGCACCCCAUGCUAUCAAUGUGUGGAAAGGAAUCCGUUACGCUCAAGCGCCUAUCGGAAAGCUGCGAUGGCAAGCUCCACGCGAGCCGGUCGUCAAUCGGAACAGCAUCAUCUCCGCCACGCGUUUCCCACCGAGCUGCCCCCAGAGCCCUGAAGCCAAUGGCCUGCCGAUCCUGGCGCAAAGUCAGGCGGGAGCGUCGGAGGAUUGCUUGUUCUUGAAUGUCUACGUGCCCAGCAAUGCGACGAGUGCUUCUCCGCUGCCGGGCGGUGGUUAUGGCGAGGGAGAUGGCACCGAUGGCUUUCAGCCACUGAUCAAUACCAAUGGCAACCAGUUCAUUGCUGUUGUCAUUCAAUACAGGCUCGGCGCAUUCGGCUUCCUCAACUCGGACGAAGUCUACCGCAAAGGAGUCGUCAAUGCCGGCCUGCUCGACCAGCAUCUGGCCCUCCAGUGGGUGCAGAAAUACAUCCACCUGUUCAACGGCGACCCCAGACGCGUGACGAUUUUCGGCGAGUCGGCGGGCGGCGGCUCGGUCAUGCUGCAAGGCAUGGCUUACGGCGGCUCGCUGGGUACGCAACUCUUCCAGAACAGCAUCGCUGCGAGCCCUUAUCUUCCCAUGCAGUGGGGCUACAAGGACUGGCUACCUUCGCAGACAUACUAUGCGUUCGCAGCACACGCGGGAUGCUACUCCAUGGAGCCGUAUGGAGCUCCGAAGACGACGCCGAUCUUUGAGUGUUUGCAGAAUGCUGAGUCGCGGGUAUUGAUGAACGCCAGUGCGACCGUGUCGCAGUUGACCGUGUAUGGGCAAUGGGCAUUCUUGCCUGUCACGGAUGGCACUUUCGUCCAGGAUCUGCCCAGUCGCCAACUCCUGCGAAAUCAAGUGAACGGCGUGAAUCUGUUGAUUGGCAACAAUGCGAACGAAGGUACAGGAUUCUCCGGCAACAUUGAUACCGAGGAAGAGCUUGUUGCCUGGCUCAAACUCACGUUCCCCCUCUUCACCAACAAUGACAUUGCAAGGGUCCUGGAGUACUACCCCAGCACGAAUGCAUCGGUGAAUCCAAAGGCGCCUCUUUUCGCAACGAAUGGCAUUAGCGGACCGACGGCCAUCAACCAGUCCAACGUAGAGACUGGACAGCUGCAGCGUGCCGACAACAUCUAUGCCGAGAUCACAUUCGAUUGUCCCGCUCUGUGGAUGGCACAAGCGUAUUCUCAGAAUGCUGCAGGUGGCAACUCAUACAAAUACCAGUUCUCCGUUCUACCAUCCUUGCAUGGCGACGACACCAAUGCAUAUCUUGCGCGCGAAGGACCCAUGGUCUACUCACAAGACCUCACAACGGCCUUUCGGAAGAUCAUCGGAAACUUCAUCAUCGACUCCAACCCCUCAAUAUCGAACCAGAUCGCGAACGGCGUCACGCCUGGCGCCAUGACAAAUGCUUCGAACCCGGCGAGUAACUGGCCACCGUACACCAAUUACCAGCCAUACAUGAUCGACUUGAAUGCAACUUGCGGCGUCCACCGACAUGCUUUGGAACACUUGGAAACCUGUGGCUUGCCGGGCGAUCUGAACAAUAUAACGCUUGUCAAUGCGUAUACUUGGGAAGGCGGGCGGGGAUUCAGGUGUGACUUUUGGAGGGCGAUGGGGCAGUUGGUGCCAGAGUAG